UCAUUGACCCAAACAACGUGCUAUCUCCGCCCCCUUCGGUUACCCUGGGAUGCAAUGCAUGCACCUCCUAUUGUGGCUAGCUGUUAGCAUUAGCUAGCCAAGCUCAUAUUUACAAGCAGGCAGGAUGGAUAUAGGUGAUGGAAUGGAGCUGGAGGGCUGGGAUUCAAAUAUGGAGCAAGAGCUGGGCAUCUCUUUGGAUGAGCUGAAGAAGUGGAUCGACGAAGCAGUGGAGAAGAGUGAGAUUGUGAAGAAGAAAAAGGCUCAGCUGACUGAGCUCAAGGAAUGGGUGGAGAAGAAAGAAGAAGAGGAGGCGAGGACAGACAUGCUUCUCAGCGAUGCCAACAAAUCCAUAUUGGAGUGUGAAAAGCUCGUGAAGGAAACUUACCAGAAGAGCGGUCUCGUUUACAAAGAGAGCAGCUCGGAGGAUGAGGGGGGCGGAGGAGGCGUGCUGUCCUCUGAGGUCAUCGAGAUAGACGACGACGAUGACGACGAUGAUGUCAUUGCCGUCGGCUGUUUGGUUCCUCCAAAGAAGCCAGUCACUCCCUGCAAAGAUCCAGCGUUAAUUGAGGCCUCCUCAGUGCUACACAAAACAUCCCAGCAGUUGCAGAAGUUGGUCCAAAUUGUCAGCAAGCCGUCGCCUGGUGCUCCGUUGCUUCGAUCUCCGUCGCAUCCUCCGUCUCAGUCAGGUAGUCAUACUUCAGUGCCAGCAGUGUUUGUAUCCCAGGCUCAGUCUCAGUCCAUGACCCAGCCGAACCCAAACGCCACAGAAGAUGAGCUUCGAGUCGGGAUGAUGAUUUUGGGAAAGAAGCGCACCAAGACCUGGCACAGAGGUGCCCUUGUUACUAUCAGCCCAGUCGGAAAUGGUAUAUUUAAGUAUAAAGUGAAGUUUGAUAAAGGAAAGAGCCUGCUUUCUGGAAAUCACGUGGCUUUCGAGUAUAACCCGACCCUGGAGAUCCUGUAUGUCGGGGCUCGCGUAGUCGCCAAAUACAAGGACGGCAGCCUGGUGUGGCUCUAUGCUGGGAUAGUAGCAGAGAUGCCCAACAACAAGAACCGGAUGAGGUUUUUGAUUUUCUUUGAUGACGGCUAUGCUUCAUAUGUGACACUACCUGACCUCCACCCAAUUUGCAGACCGUUAAAGCGCACCUGGGAGGACAUAGAGGAUGCGUCUUGUCGAGACUUCAUUGAGGAGUACAUCACUGCAUAUCCCAGCAGGCCUAUGGUGCUUCUAAAGGUUGGGCAAAUCAUCAAGACCGAGUGGGAGGGAACUUGGUGGAAGAGCAAAGUGGAAGAGGUGGAUGGAAGCUUGGUCAAGAUCCUCUUCUUGGAUGACAAGAGGAGUGAGUGGAUUUACAGAGGCUCCACCAGACUGGAGCCAAUGUUCAACCUGAAGAUGACCACCGCCAACACCCAGGAGAAGAAGUUGGCUGGCCAGCAGAGGUCACGACCUAACAUGGGGGUGAUGAGGAGUAAAGGUCCAGUAGUUCAAUACACCAGUGACGUACUUGUUGGAGCAUCUCCCGUCAAAACGCAGCAAGGCUCACCCAGCCAGCCUUCACAGACACCACCACAGCAACAACAACAACAACAGCAGCAGCAGCAACAACAGCCACAACAGCCACAACAACAACAACAACAGCCGCGUCCUGAACCCCUGCAGACCCAACAAGUCCAGCAAAUCCAACAGACGGUUCAGCCUUCACAGCCUCCACGUGUUGACAAUAAGCAUCAGAUGGCAAAGAAGAGUACUUCUCCAUUCGUCGCAGGCGUGGGAGGCACACAUGCCUCCAAAAUCAUGAUGCAGUCGCUUUCUUCCACUCCCAGCGACCCCGCUAGUGCAAGAAUCUCAAGUGGCCAAAGUAUUGCUUCACCGUCCUAUCAGAGACUGCCCCCUCUGGCUGCCGCACCCCCUCCCGUGACCCAAGCCAUGGCCACCAUCCCGCGACAGCCCUCGUACCGCGCCCCGACAGACCGCAUCUUCUACCUGGCACACACUUGUCAGCCAGCGUGUCUCAAUCGCGUCCGACCAGCAAAGUCAGACAUCCACCGAGGGAAGAACCCCCUGCUCACACCUUUACUGUACGAUUUCAGGCGCAUGACGGGACGACGAAAAGUCAACCGCAAGAUGUCCUUUCACGUGAUCUACAAGGCUCCGUGCGGGCUUUGCCUGCGCAACAUGGCAGAGAUCCAGUACUACCUCUUCGAGACACGCUGUGACUUUAUAUUUUUAGAGAUGUUCUGUCUGGACCCUUACGUCCUCGUGGACCGGCCAUUCCAGCCGCAGAGGCCUUUCUAUUACAUUCACGACAUCACUGCUGGAAAAGAGGACAUUCCGCUCUCCUGCGUCAACGAGAUUGAUUCCACUCCGCCUCCGAAAGUAGCUUACAGUAAAGAACGUAUCCCUGAAGAUGGAGUAUACAUCAACACCAGUCCGGACUUCCUGGUUGGAUGCGAUUGCACUGACGGCUGUCGCGACAAGUCCAAAUGCUCUUGCCACCAGCUGACCCUUCAGGCUACCGGUUGCACACCAGGGGCUCAGAUCAACACAAACGCUGGAUUUUUACACAAAAGAUUAGAGGAGUGCCUCCCAACAGGGAUCUACGAGUGUAACAAGCGGUGCAAAUGCUGUGCCCAGAUGUGCACCAACCGCUUGGUGCAACACGGCCUCCAGGUGCGCCUCCAGCUCUUCAAGACCCAGAACAAAGGCUGGGGGAUCCGCUGUCUGGACGACGUGGCCAAGGGCUCUUUCGUCUGCAUCUACGCUGGUAAAAUCUUGACAGACGACUUUGCCGACAGAGAAGGUCUCGAGAUGGGGGACGAGUAUUUUGCCAAUCUGGACCACAUAGAGAGUGUGGAGAACUUCAAGGAGGGCUACGAGAGCGAGGCGCACUGUUCCGACAGCGAGGGGAGCGGUGUGGACGUGUCGAGAAUAAAAAUCCAGCCAUCUGCUCUGGUAUCAGCUAACCCUGUUGGGAGGCCGCCCAAAAAGGGCCAAAGUUCAAGCUCAUCAGGGGACAGCAAUGAAGACGAAGACAAAGAUUCAAAGAGCGAAGAGGAAAGUGACAGUUCAGACGACACGUUUGUGAAGGAAAGCAAUUUCAGCACCAGCUCCGUGUGGAGGAGUUACACCACACGCGGUCAGGUCAAGGGCAACAAGGAAGGGAGUCAAGACAGUAAAGACGAAAUGAGCGCGUUAGCCAGAGGAGUCGGGGACGAUAAGCCCCCGUCCAUGCCAGAAGAGACGGGCAAAAGCAAAGUGGCUUCCUGGCUCACCAGCCAGGGGCUUAAGAAGGAAUCCGGAGACGCAAAGAGUCAAGUGAAGUCAGAAACUGGGAAGAAGCAGGAAGUGAUGACUCUCUCUGAUAGUGACGAGGUUCAGACCAUCAGCUCUGGAUCCGAUGACAACAAGGAGAGAGAAAAAGUCACCCUAGCUGUGACUAAGAAGCAGGUCGCGGUGAAAUCAACGCGCGGCAUCGCCCUGAAGGGCGGCCACGGGAUGAUGGUGAAAACGGGCACACCUGGAGGCGGGGGAGGGCCCGGAGGUCCGGGAGGAAAAACGGGACAGCAGGGUCCGACUGGGGGAGGUGGAGAGAACACUCCCAAAAACACUAGGUUGUUCUUCGACGGGGAAGAGUCCUGCUACAUCAUCGAUGCCAAGUUGGAAGGAAACCUCGGGCGUUACCUCAAUCACAGUUGUAGUCCCAACCUUUUCGUGCAGAAUGUGUUUGUGGACACGCAUGAUUUGAGGUUUCCCUGGGUGGCGUUCUUUGCCAGCAAGCGGAUCCGGGCUGGCACAGAGCUGACCUGGGACUACAACUACGAGGUGGGCAGCGUGGAGGGGAAGGUGCUGCUCUGCUGCUGCGGGUCCACCGAGUGCAGAGGGAGACUGCUGUGAUCUGCAGCCAUCAUUCACUUCACUGGAUCUGUAGGAACCUCAGAGGACCCUUUUUAGCACCAUAACUUUACUUAGUUUUAAGUUGAAUUUUGUCUUUUAUUGCAGCUAUUUUGUUGCCUUUAUUUUAUAUGAAUGUGUUUCCCUGAUUUCUUAUUUUGUCUUUUCGUUAAAUGUGAAUAAAAUGCAGUUUGCUGCAAUGCUCA